AUGACUGCAGUUAUCGGCUAUAUCAACACCAUGCUCGAAACGAUCUACCCCACGGAGUACGCCAAUUCGAGGGCCAGCCAGAACGUCGCCUCGAUCGCCUUCGCCGGAACUGUCGUCGGCCAGCUGCUUUUCGGUUACCUGUCUGACCACUGGUCGCGCAGAAACUCGCUGCUGGUCUCCACCAUCAUCCUGAUUGUCUUCGGUGCGCUCUGUGCCGGUUCGUAUGGCGCCAACGACAGCCACGAGGGUCUCUUCACCGCGCUGGUCACCUACCGUUUCUUCCUGGGUCUUGGUAUCGGUGGAGAAUACCCCGCUGGCUCUGUUGCCGCCGCCGAGAGCAGUGGUGAAUUGGCCAAGGGCCACCGCCACCGUUGGUUCAUCUUCUUCACCAACUUCCAGCUGGAUCUGGCCUCCGUCGCCUCCUCGCUCGUCCCCAUGAUCGUUGUCUUGGCCUGUACCGAAAAGCACCUCCGCGCCGCUUGGCGUAUCUGUCUGGGCCUGGGUGUCAUCCCCCCGCUCAGUCUGUUCUACCUGCGUUUGAAGCUCAAGGAGCCCGAGGAGUUCAACCGCGAGCGUAUGCGCAAGUUCCCCCUCUUGCUGAUCAUCAAGUUCUACUGGAAGCGCCUGUUUGUCAUCUCCUUGAUCUGGUUCAUCUACGAUUUCUCCACCUACUCCUUCGGUAUCUACUCGUCCGCCUGGAUCAAGAUUAUCCUGGGUGACUCCUAUCCCCUGUGGAUCUCUCUCGGCUGGAGCACCUUGAUCAACUUCUUCUAUCUCCCGGGUUCCUUCGCCGGUGCCUUCAUCAGUGACUGGAUCGGUCCCCGUAACACUCUGGCCAUCGGUGUCUUUGCCCAGGGUGUUGUCGGUUUGAUCAUGACCGGAUGCUACCCCUACCUCGCCACCGCCCAGUAUGUCGGCGCCUUUGUGGUGGUCUACGGUAUCUUCCUUGCUCUUGGUGAAGUCGGCCCCGGUGACAACAUCGGUCUGUGUGCCGCCAAGUCGUGUGCGACUCCCAUCCGUGGCCAGUUCUACGGUAUCGCCGCUGCCAUUGGCAAGAUCGGUGCCUUUGUCGGUACCUACGUCUUCCCCAUCAUCCAGGACAAUGCCCCGAACUCCAUUCGCGCCGGUCAGGAUCCGUUCUAUGUGUCCAGCGCUCUGUGCAUCUUCAGUGCCUUUGUCGCUUACUUUGGCCUGCCGAACAUCUCCCAGGACACCAUCACCGAGGAGGAUGCCAAAUUCCGCGCCUACCUCGAGGAGCAUGGCUACGACGUCUCGACCAUGGGCAACAAAUAG